CGCGACUACUCGGGAAAUUGCGAGCACGAACGCCGCACGUCUUCGACCCGCCCAACGUUCUCCGGCUUCCUCAUCCUCGGCCUACGGGGUCUUCGCAACCGGUCUCUCCAGGCUGACACCCACUGUCCAACCCGGCCGUGGGUCGUGAGCGCGCAACACCCAAGUCGUCUCUCACCCCAGCAAGCUCGCUCGACGACUCGCGCAAGACCGCGCGGUGUUGGCAACCCACAAUGUUCUGUCUCCGCAGUUGGCUUCCGCUCCUCUUCAUCCCGACAAACGCGUCGCCGGCCUUCAUCUUCCUCUUUUUCCUCUGCACCUACUUUCUCAACCGGCCCUGCUUCUACUGCUCCUUCCUCCUCCUCAUUCUCUUCCUGACGUCGUGCAACUGGUCCGACCGCUGCUUUCUGGAUCUCGGCAGCAACUGGUUCCAGCCUCGGACCGCAGGGAGUUACGUAUACGUGCCCGUCUCGGCCUGGAGGGGAGCGCCGGCUGCCAACCUCACGGCAACCGCAGACCUCAAUGCCACCGCCUCGGCCGUCAUUUCCGAAAUGCUGAACACCACUGCCGGGGCUCUGGCUACGGCUACCGCGGAACACAUUGCUCGGGCGAAGGUGGAGUGGACCGGACUCGGCCUGGAAUGGCUGCGGAGUCUGCUUGGCCGGCGGGAGUGGCGGAUCGACUGCUUGGAUCUCUACAUUAGGUUAUAGCCUUCUGGGUCCAGCUGGUGGGCUGGACGGAGCCCUGAUCUGUGUUCUGGUGCCAAGCACGCCUGGUGGUCGUUCCGGCCG